AUGAGUACUGCAUUGUAAAUAAUCUUUGUCAUAGGCAAUCCACAAGCUACUGGGCCAGUACAAUAUCGGAUACUUGAACGAUGUCAAGAUCUCACUUUUGAAAACCCUUCAAAGUGGCGUAUCAUCACGAAAGCUCCCAGAAAGGACUUUAAUGGUGAACUCGAUCAAACUACUGACUCAUCUCAACGUCCUUGACAACGAAGUGACCACGACACUAAUGGGCCUCUACUCUGAUGCAUCCCCUGACCUACAGGAGCUCAUAAUUAGCUUCUUCCAAUUGAAAGGUUUGGAUGAUCCACACAAUUACUUUGCAAAGGAGCUUGACUCAAGCAUGUCCGGAGCCUCUAUUACCGACUUGAUUGCAAAGUCAACUGACUGGCUGGAUAUCUGGAGGAAAGACUAUCACAGCGACAGCAAGCAGCAGCUGGGUGUGGGUGGUGGUGGUAAAGGAGGUAGCAAAGGAAAGGGAACCCAUCGCAAAUCAAGCACAUUGGAAGUACCACCAAUGUACACUAACCCAAUUGAUGUCAUUAAUUAUUUUGUGAGACUAGAGCACGAGAAAUCACUAGCAAAACUCAAGAAGGAUACCCCACCACCUCCUCCCCCUCCAGCGGAAGAAGAGGAUACCUUCACACGAAAUGCAGUGGUUCCAUUGCCAGUACUAGAGCAGCACGGGAGGCUCACUAGGAUUGGGGAAACUCACUGCAGCUGCUGUCACCCUGAACGAGAAACAUCACUUUAUCUUGCUUCAUUGGUUGCCAAACAAUCUAACAGUUGGAGGACAUUAAGGAUGGCUGUAAGGCCACAAACAAUCAAUCCUUUCCUUUCUCUUGAGGAGAAAGAAGAGCAGUUGAAUAGAACUAAUGUUGGCAAGUUGUCCUUGAUAUCAAACACAAGAUUAUUUGUGAUAGAACACUCUUAUCCACAUUCAAAUAUGAAUUAAUUAAUAUCAUUAUAAUAAUAAUAAAAAUUGCAUU